ACCAUUUUCGGGGUACAUGUUACACGGAUCGUUUUGCAUUAUCAUUUGUAACAAAAUUCUAGAGCUCAUUUUGUUUGUUGACACGACCUCGUUUGCACGCCCAAAACAAGAUGGAUUGUGGGAUUUGUUGCACAAAAAACGACGACGUGAUGUUUACACGGAUCGAUUUUUUCUAAUUCGUCAUUUUUUGUUGAAAGAUUUUGAUCCUGAUUCAAAAUCCUAAAUCAUGUUGCGAAACAAAAUGUUGCGUAAAAAAACGAGGGGGAAGACCAUGUUACACGGCAUUCAUUUUUUCGUGCAGUAUGUAGCGCGAAAAAACGAUGUUGCAAUAAAACGACGAGUACAAGUUUCUUCACGCACGCUCGGUCUCCCUGUGUAACAUUUUCCAUAUGUCCUAUUCUUUCUCUACUUUGAUAAUUCAAGAUGGCGCCAAAACCAAGUGUUUUCGAAGUUUUUGAAACAGAGUCAAAAGGCCGUGGUUUACGAGCGGCAAAACCCCUCAAGUCCGGGGAUACUAUCCUGAGCGAACAACCUGUAGUGUACAUGCUCUCUAAUAUGCUUCGUGGGCAAAGAUGUGACUUUUGCUUGGAAAAACUCUCCGACCUUCAGCGCUGUUCCCGGUGCAAGUUCGCUCGGUAUUGUGGCGCGUCUUGUCAGCGCGCUGCCUGGAGAAUCCACAAAAGCGAAUGCGAAAGACUCAAGCGAGUAUUUCCCCGUGUUCCUACGGAUCUGGUGCUUCUCAUGUUCAGGGUUUGGCAGUUGAAGAGCCAAAAUGGCUGGUACGAUUCGCUGGUGUCGAAUGUGGAAAAAAUCGACUCGGACACGAAAGAAGACUUCGUGUCGGUGUUAAUGGUAUUGAAUGAAUAUCUUGGCUCUGAGAUCUCCCCGACCGAGGGCUUGGAGCUUUUUAGUAAGAUUUCCUGCAACAGUUUCGCUAUUUGCGACGGCGAGAUGCAAGCUAUUGGUACUGGUAUCUUCCCGAAUGCUGUCUGCCUGAAUCAUUCAUGUGCCCCUAACUCUGUUGCUGUCUUUAAUGGGACCAACAUCUAUAUAAAGGCUUUAGAAGAGAUACCUGUUGGAGAAGAGCUCACGAUAAGCUACAUCCAGCAGCUCCACCCAAGGGAAACACGGCAAGAGGAGUUGGAGACUCAGUUCUGCUUCUAUUGUCAGUGCCAUAGAUGUCUUGAUGCUAGUGAUAACAACAAGAUGUUGACUUCAUUGAUUUGUCCAAACAUAAGCUGUGAGGCAAUAGUUUACCAAAAUUGGAGAUGCACCAAGUGCGACACAUUUGUAGAUGCCAACUAUUUUACUUCAUGUCAAAACCAGCUUCAAGACGCCGUUCUAAAAGUGAGAGACUUGGAGAACCAAGCAAAUCCGAAUAACACUGAAAUAGUUCACACUUGUAACAGUGCCCUUAGUGGAGGACAUGGAAGCCUUUAUCACCAUCUCAGCAUUGAACUCUGUUAUAAAGCUUUUGAUGCAUGUGUAAUGGAACAAGAUUGGACAAAGGCACUGGAAUAUGCCACAAGGAACCUAGAGGUUUACACAUGGUUCUAUCCCAAGUACCAUCCAUGCCUUGGAGUACAUCUGUACAAGAUUGGCAAGCUUCUAGCUGUGACACACCAAGACCUGGAGCUUGCUGUCAAGAGGUUGGAACAGGCCAGGAAAAUCCUUGAAGUUACUCAUGGACAAUCUCAUCCAUUAGUCCAAGAACUGUGUGAAUAUCUGUGCCAAGCUUCUGAGGAGUUAAGACAAGGAAGAAUUUGAUUCUUGGAAUUUAACUCUUGGAAUUUAACUCUUCAAGAUAAUAAUGGUAGAGAUAGUUUAUUUAAAUUAAUCAACAGAGGAAAUCUUGCCAAAAAAAGUUAUUACCACAAAAUGUUUUUAUUUAUGGAUUUAUAUCAUUCAAGUCAAAUAAAAUCAAGAUGUCUUAGAGUAGUGUUUUAAGGAUGAAUUUCUGCAUGUUGUUCCUGUAUUUUUGUGUAAUGAUCUUUUAAGAGCAUGGAUAAGAAAAAUGUCAACUAGGUAACUAUAUUUGACAAGCCCUGCACUAUCAAUAAACAGAUAAAUGUGUUGUCUAUCUGAAACAAAUACACACUUGUACAGCUCUCUAGUUUAUUUUGUAAUAAUAAGCUUUUUACCAAAAGUAGAUCCUACUUCAUACAGUGAGAUGUGUUCUAGUGAUUUAAUCGAUAUCUUUUAUGUGUUAAAUUAAGUGCACCUACAUAAUUAUAAUCCAUUGAUAAUAGCUCUAUGUAUUCGUACAUACAAUGUACACAAUUAUUUCCUUAGUGGAAUCUUAUCAGCAAAAGGAAUAAAUAUACUGUGGCAAAAUGAA